CUUUCGUUUUAAGAACUUGAUUAUGGCCGACUCAUCUCCGUCGGAGAAAAACCUUGAGACAGACAUAACAACGACAUGUCCGAUCUGCUUCGAAUCUUUCAAGACGCCAAGGAUUCUGCCAUGCAUGCACACGUUUUGUCACAACUGUUUGUCGUCAUAUAUUCUAUCCACGUGCAAGACUAAGGACAGUCCGGUGGGAUUUCCCUGCCCACUCUGCAGACGUUUUGUCCCCGCUCCGUCUUUUUCAGUCGAGGUUGAAAAAUGGACGGAACUUAUUCCUGUCAACAAAAUAAUUCAUACUUUGAGUGAGAAAGGAGAUAAAUUGUGCGACGCCUGUACGCGAGCAGACGAGGAGAUAGAGGCCACUGAGUGGUGUGAAUCUUGCUCUGAAUUGCUCUGUGAUUCGUGUGUUAAAUAUCACAAAAGCGCAGUUUCUAAAAAUCAUAGUCUCAUUCCUAUUGUAACGUUCAAACAUGUGUCGGAACAAAACAAAAAAAUUGAAUCCCCGUAUGCCCUCUGUCAGGAACACAACGAUCGAGUAAAAUAUCUCUGUGUUGAUCACGAGGAGUUAUGCUGCACUAAGUGUGUGUGCACCAAGCACAGGAAAUGCACACAGAUUGAUGGAAUCGAAGAAGCUGCAGAAAACCUACGAAAGUCAGGGAAAUUUGCAACUUUAUCAAAGGAAAUAUCUAAAUAUGAAGAUACACUCGUGAAAACUAAGUCUGAGGGAGAGGACACCAUUAGAUACAUUGAUGAUACAUCAGACCAAAUAAGAAAAGAGUCAACAGAGUUCAGAGAUAAAAUAGUGAAUCAUGUUGAUGCUUUAUUAGAAGACCAUUUAUCAGAGCUGGCUCAAAAUAUCAAACAAAACAAGGACAGGGUUGCAAAAACUGUUGCUGCUGUAUCCGACCGCCAUCUUCUGAUGGCUCAGUACUUACAAACUCUAAGAAAUAUCGAUCAAACACCUCUGUCAAUUCUUGUUCAAGACUACCUUAAGAUAAGAAGACAGUUUGAACACGUUACAAGAUCGAGUCCGUCCAAAUUAAGAUUGAACUUGCACUCACAUUUUUCUGAAGACUUACCAAGAAUCCUGCAGGUCACAAAGUUUUCAGAUAUAAAGGCAGAGAUAGAGUAUAUUCCACUAAGGGGCAUUGAUUUUAGUUGUGCCUGCAUGAAAAUGAUUUGUGAUCUAACUGGCUCAAAAGGUGAUAUAACUGGUGGAUGCUUUUUACAAAAUGGGGACAUAGUUCUAGCUUCUAAUAGUUCUAAGGAAUUAUUACAUUACAGGAAUUAUGAGCUAGUACGAAAAGUUACCACUGGCAUGCAACCACGAGAUGUAGUUCAACAAACCCCUCUUUCCAUUCUAGUUUCGGAACAUCAGGGUUUAAAUGGAAAUGUUGGAAAAUUUGACUUCAAUGCAUUUAAAAAUGUGGAAGAGAUACUUCUUAGAGACAACAUUGUGUACAGUUUGGCGGUAUCUUCAGGAUUUGUGUAUGCUGCUUGUUUAUAUUCAAUAUUGAAACUUGAUUCAAAAGGAAACGUUGUUCAACAAUAUAAGGUUGAUGAAUGCACAUAUUCUGUGGCAAUAAAUCACAAGAAUGAAGUAAUCAGCUCUAGCUGUGACAAACACAAUGUCACAGUCAUGGAUAAUUCUGGAAAGAAAAUGUACUUGUAUACUCAUGAAAAACUAAAAUAUCCAUAUGGGCUGGAUGUUAAUUUUUCUGGGGAAAUAUUUGUAGCAGGCAAACACAGCAAUACUAUUCACGUGUCAACACCUACAGCUGAAUUACUGAAGAUUUACGAAAUUGAGUCACCAAGGUGCAUCAAAUUUAAAGAAAAUUCAAACAUAUGUUUUGUUGGGUCUAGGAAAACAAAAGUGUAUGAAUUUAGAGAAGAUCUGCAAUAGAAAAUCGUUCUGUUCAGCUCAUAGAAUGUUAAAAAUUCCAACAUG